CUCAUAAUGGAUCACUACCAGCUCCGAGAUUAUAUCUGUAACUUCAGACUUGACGACUGUGCUCGGGGUAACCAGGGCUAUAACCGGGUACUCCUGCAGCUAUUUGGGUAUACAGGCCAUGGGAUGUCCUCCUUCAUCAACUCCUGUAAGUUUGUCCUGGAUGGGGAGUAUAAAAUGGUCGCUGAGUCUGGGGCAGAACAAGGUGGUAUAACCAUGGUGAGAAGAUCCUAUGAGCUAACAGACACCAUCACCAUCGUGGAUAACCGAGGGUUUGCAAAAACUGACGUGUUUAAGACAUUAACAGUCUGCAAUCACCUAGGUAAGUGACUGCUGUGAGUGUCAAUGUAAGUCAUUGUGUCACCUCUUAAAGGGGCACUCCAGGAUAUAUUCCCCAUACCUUGUGUAAUUCGGUUAAUAAAACCGUGCAUGAAGAACGACUAAACUUUUACUUUAGAUAUUUCUUCUUUUAAAACAGCAUUAUUGUAGCCAGUCCAGGCAAUGUCAAGCUUUGCUGUGCUCAGCAGGACCAACAGCAGCAUCCCCAACAAUAUCUCACCCUGUGCCCCACGCAUUUAACCAUCAAUAGUGUGUAACGUUUAGCCCACAUGGCUGCUUUCCUCUGUUAACGUGUGAAGUAAGAUGGUUCAUGUUUCAUUAAAUCCACAAACAAGCUGCCGACAGAGAAAAAACAGAGAGACGUAGUGAUAUACUUACUGUAUGUCUUGCUGUCCAUGUCUAAUGAAGGCUGCUUUAAUUCCUGCAGCUCAGCUCACUCCCAGCAGAUAUACACUGGAGUGAAACUAGUUUGGUAGAAUGGGGACAAUGUGACAGUUUUAUGGUAAAAUGUUGCAAAUCAUUUAGGGUUUAUUAUAUUAUUAUAUUAUUAUUAUUAUUAUUAUUAUUAUUAUUAUUUGCAAUACCUACAAUGAUGUGAGCUGUGUGAAUCACUCCAUGCAUUACAUGGUAUGUUUCUGAACAGAGUGUUCCCUCUAAGCUCAGAACACUUUUUCAGAUAAUAUAACUACGGAUUAUUAAAGUUAAUAUAAAAUCCAGUCGCUGUGUUUUUGACAGUUAAAGGACCACUCUAGGCAAUGAAGCUUAAUGAAGUGGUGUGGGUGCCAGGUCCAGCUAGGGUUAACCCAUUUUUUCAUAAACAUAGCAGUUUCAGAGAAACUGCUAUAUUUAUGAAUGGGUUAAGCCUUCCCCCUAAUCCUCUAGUGGCUGUCUCAUUGACAGCCACUAGAGGCGCUUGCGUGCUUCUCACUUUGAUUUUCACAGUGAGAGCACGCCAGCGUCCAUAGGAAAGCAUUAUGAAUGCUUUCCUAUGUAACCGGCUGAAUGCGCACGCAGCUCUUGCCGCGCGUGCGCAUUCAGCCCAGGAGAAGGAACGGAGGAGGAUCGGGGGAGGAGAGCUCUCCGCCCAGCGCUGGAAAAAGGUAAGUUUAAACCCCUUUCCCCCUUCCAGAGCCGGGCGGGAGGGGGUCCCUGAGUAUGUUUUCCUGUCACUAUAGUGGUCCUUUAAUAAUUUGAGUUUUAGGGAGAAUUAUCGAUUUACCAUUUUGGACUGAACACAGAAAUAGAAAAUGGCAAAAUAUUAUUUUAAUUACAAAAUAACGAGUGACCAAUUAAGUAUUAAGUACACUCUGUAUAUUAAUAUUAGUUAUAUUGCUGUGGAGCUCCGUGAUACACUCACACACUCUGUAUAUUAAUAGUAGUUAUAUUGCUGUGGAGCUCCGUGAUACACUCACACACUCUGUAUAUUACUAUUAGUUAUAUUGCUGUGGAGCUCCGUGAUACACUCACACACUCUGUAUAUUAAUAGUAGUUAUAUUGCUGUGGAGCUCCGUGAUACACUCACACACUCUGUAUAUUACUAUUAGUUAUAUUGCUGUGGAGCUCCGUGAUACACUCACACACUCUGUAUAUUACUAUUAGUUAUAUUGCUGUGGAGCUCCGUGAUACACUCACACACUCUGUAUAUUAAUAUUAGUUAUAUUGCUGUGGAGCUCCGUGAUACACUCACACACUCUGUAUAUUACUAUUAGUUAUAUUGCUGUGGAGCUCCGUGAUACACUCACACACUCUGUAUAUUACUAUUAGUUAUAUUGCUGUGGAGCUCCGUGAUACACUCACACACUCUGUAUAUUAAUAUUAGUUAUAUUGCUGUGGAGCUCCGUGAUACACUCACACACUCUGUAUAUUAAUAUUAGUUAUAUUGCUGUGGAGCUCCGUGAUACACUCACACACUCUGUAUAUUAAUAUUAGUUAUAUUGCUGUGGAGCUCCGUGAUACACUCACACACUCUGUAUAUUAAUAUUAGUUAUAUUGCUGUGGAGCUCCGUGAUACACUCACACACGCUGUAUAUUAAUAUUAGUUAUAUUGCUGUGGAGCUCCGUGAUACACUCACACACUCUGUAUAUUAAUAUUAGUUAUAUUGCUGUGGAGCUCCGUGAUACACUCACACACGCUGUAUAUUAAUAUUAGUUAUAUUGCUGUGGAGCUCCGUGAUACACUCACACACGCUGUAUAUUAAUAUUAGUUAUAUUGCUGUGGAGCUCCGUGAUACACUCACACACGCUGUAUAUUAAUAUUAGUUAUAUUGCUGUGGAGCUCCGUGAUACACUCACACACUCUGUAUAUUAAUAUUAGUUAUAUUGCUGUGGAGCUCCGUGAUACACUCACACACUCUGUAUAUUAAUAUUAGUUAUAUUGCUGUGGAGCUCCGUGAUACACUCACACACUCUGUAUAUUAAUAUUAGUUAUAUUGCUGUGGAGCUCCGUGAUACACUCACACACGCUGUAUAUUAAUAUUAGUUAUAUUGCUGUGGAGCUCCGUGAUACACUCACACACGCUGUAUAUUAAUAUUAGUUAUAUUGCUGUGGAGCUCCGUGAUACACUCACACACGCUGUAUAUUAAUAUUAGUUAUAUUGCUGUGGAGCUCCGUGAUACACUCACACACUCUGUAUAUUACUAUUAGUUAUAUUGCUGUGGAGCUCCGUGAUACACUCACACACGCUGUAUAUUAAUAUUAGUUAUAUUGCUGUGGAGCUCCGUGAUACACUCACACACUCUGUAUAUUAAUAUUAGUUAUAUUGCUGUGGAGCUCCGUGAUACACUCACACACGCUGUAUAUUAAUAUUAGUUAUAUUGCUGUGGAGCUCCGUGAUACACUCACACACUCUGUAUAUUACUAUUAGUUAUAUUGCCGUGGAGCUCUGUGAUACACUCACACACUCUGUAUAUUAAUAUUAGUUAUAUUGCUGUGGAGCUCCGUGAUACACUCACACACGCUGUAUAUUAAUAUUAGUUAUAUUGCUGUGGAGCUCCGUGAUACAGUCACACACUCUGUAUAUUAAUAUUAGUUAUAUUGCUGUGGAGCUCCGUGAUACACUCACACACGCUGUACAAAUACUGUAGCAAAAGUUUGUGGAUUCUCCUAAUCAUUCGGUGAACAUGUAAAUCUCUUAAUUAAAUUAUUUUAGAUUAUUUUUCUGCCAGAUUGUAUUAAUUUUUACUGCGAACCAUGGUGUGACCGUAUGAUUCCUGGAAACGGAUCCCGAACAGCCCCAUUCCAUCACCACUUCCGUCUCCAAGCCCUCGCUGUGUUUAUAUUUGGAAAGCCGGCUAUGAUGUAACUGUAGAUGCGGAGAUCUUUGAUAUGUAGCAUUGAAGCUAUGAAAUGAUGAUUAAGGUGUUUUUUAAACAUCAGAUGUCUUAAAGAAAAACAAAUCGUUAUAAUCUCAUUGUAUUUUUAUUCCUUAGGUAAUUUUCAACCCCUCAAUAAUGAUGUGGAGUGGAGUGAGAAUUAUUCUAUUGUAAUGGAACAUCUGGAGAAGGCGGACAUGGACCCAAAUUACUCAGAUUUAAUUGUUCCAAUUUUCAUUUUCAAGUAA